GGCUUCGGGCCAUGGCAACCGUCAACAGGCCACGGAAUGUUGGAAUGUUGGGGGUUGGAUGCUGGUAACAAUCAACAGCUCCUGGCUCAUUGGGGUUUGGACCCUGGAGCUGUUAACAGCUUGUGAACAGUGGGGCUCAGACCUCGCAAAGGCCAACGGCACCUUGCUUGUGUGCUAUUGACCUUGCAAAGGACAACGCCAUUUCGAGAUUGGGGUUAGACCCUGCAAAGGCCAAGAGCCUUUGGAGAUUGGGGUUUAGACCCUGCAAAAGCCAACGACAUCUGGGCUUUGGGGUUUAGACCCUGCAAAAGUCAACAACAUCUGGACAUUGGGGUUUAGACCCUGCAAAGGCCAAGAGCCUUUGGAGAUUGGGGUUUAGACCCUGCAAAAGCCAACGACAUCUGGGCUUUGGGGUUUAGACCCUGCAAAAGUCAACAACAUCUGGACAUUGGGGUUUAGACCCUGCAAAGGCCAAGAGCCUUUGGAGAUUGGGGUUUAGACCCUGCAAAAGCCAAUAACAUCUGGACAUUGGGGUUCAGACCCUGCAGAAGUCAACGACCUUUGGUCAUUGGGAUUUGGUCACUGUUCGUGCCAAAGGAGCAGAUGGACACCCGGCGGGGAGCUCGAGGCCUUUCUCACCGGGGACGUUCCUCCAGAUCCCCUGAGGCACUGUUAGACGACAGUGACAGCAUGGCCAAUUCCAUCAUCUGCACUGGCAGUCCUGGGAACAUGCCCUCAACUCUGGCAUCCACUGAUGAGCAGCAUCCCUUGGAAUUGGUUCAGAAAGCCACAGAGAAUUGUGAGCGCUUGCAGCAACAUUUUGAGCAAAUGGCAGAGAAAUACCAGAGGCUCAGAAGCCGCCAGCAGCACAUAGACUGUCUGCUAGAAGAAAUCAGAAGUUACUGUGAAAACAUGGAGAAGUCCAAGGAAAUGCUGCAGCAAUUCAUUGGAAUUCCAGAGCCAGGAGCCUUGAGUCUGUGUCAGAAGAACACCAAGCAGCAGAAGGAAGCAUCAGCCCAGGCAGAAAAGGGAGAGCAGAAGGACAGGAUGGAGGCAAGCGAACGUGAAAGGCGCCAUGCAGAGAUGCAAGAGACACUGGAACAAUGGGAAAAAGAGAAGGCAGAGAGAGAGCAGGAGCACCAGAAGGUGCUGUCUGAGAUGAGGCAGAAAUUUGCCACUUUGGAGGCCCAACUAGAAGCAGAACAAACAAGAUUUGAAAACGCCAAGCGAGAGGUGCUGCUGGAAGAGCAGAAUGAGAGGAGUGCUUUAUCAGAGGCACUGCUCCAGACUCGGGGAGAGCUCAGCCAAGCCUGCCAGCAGAUCCAGCAGCUCAGGCAGGAGUUGGAAGAGCAGCAAGAGAAGGAGCAGACCAUCAAGGCAGAGCUGCAAGCUGAGCUGCAGGAAGCUCAGACUGAAAUCCAGGCAGCGCAGAGGAGGCACAAGGUAGAGCUACAAGGCGUCAGGGAGGAAAUGAAACUCCCUCUUGAGCAGAGGGAGGCUCUACAAAAGCAGGUGAGCAAAACAGCACUGGCACCACAGUCAUCCAGAGAGGGAUCCGUGGCCUUCUUGCUUUUCCAUG